GCUGUAUGAAAUUAGACGUUGUCUUAGCCACUUUGGGCGGGCAUCAACACAGAAUUCCCGCGCGUCGCAUCUUGUUUGCUUCACGACUGCAGCAUCUACCAAUACGCGGCAGCUGCCUAUCAUUAUAAAACACAUCAUCCACCGAUUGAUCUCGCAAUGAUAUACUAGACGAAAGUCGUGUGAUUAGGUCUGCGAAUCCGCGCCGACAUUCAUACCAUGGCCCUCCGGAUGGCGGCAACCACGCCCACACGCCAGCGACAGUCGUUAGAACCCACGCCCUUCAUUCCGUCUUCCAGUCCAACAGAGAAGUCACAUUGCGAUGGCAGUCCUACGCGUGUACAUACCGAUACAAAGCGCUACACAUUCACGCCGCAGCGCGUCAAAGCUCUACCGCGAGCUUGGGAGCGAAGACCUGCAACGCCGUACGUGCCACGGAACGAUGCCCAGAAGAUAUGGAAACGUAUGCCUCUAGGCGAAGUCAUGACGAACUUCGGAGAACAUUGGCAAAAAAAAGCAGCUAGGGGUUCGAAUGGGAGAUCUGUAAAAAGGUUACGAGUUGGCAGACUGGAUCACGAGGAGGAUAAAGAGAAUAUCGAGUACGUGCCUUCGAAAUGGGACGAAACGGCGCCGGCGGGUAGUCCGAAGAGGAAGUGUGUCGGAUUCGUGGCUGUUAAUGCAGCAACGCUGAAGACGGGGAACGGGGAGGGUGGAAAUGAGUGCGAUGGAGGUGUACAAGAAGAAUAUCCUGCGACUUCACCACCUGACAGUACCGUGGCUGUCUGGCAGGCCAUAAAGGAGGAGGUGGCUUCGCCGAACAGAGUUGAAGGGAAUGACUUGGGGACAGAAGUGGCAGAGCUUUCACAAGAUGUCUCAGACAGAGUCAAUUUGCCCGGUCAGAGUGAAGAAAGUGAUCGGACAUUCACGCUCGAGCCUGCUCCUUCGCCAUCAGAUGCUGCACCUUCUGAAGCACUCCUGGAAUCUGCCAUACAGCAAGCAAAGCCAACAGAGAACGAAGCUGACCCUGCCUCGAGCACUCGACAGUCUACCAAUCAACUGACCACUAUACCAGCAGACCAAGACGACACAGCAUAUCUGCACGAUUUCUUAUCCCGAGCACGAGCACAGAAAGCAGCCAAACAGCAAGCUAUGUCUCAAGAACAGGAUCCAACAGCGCCAAUGGACGGCAUAGAAACGACUGCUACGUCUCCCGAGUGUCCGGCAGCCUGCCACAUGGAGGACGUGAGCGAAUCCAAAUUAGACACCGCUGUUUCACAGGACGAAAUUCCAUCACUCGAGCCAGACCAAGAAGCCGAUCCCAUGAUGACAUCCCCACGACGAAGUUCGCGCCUCAUCACGCGACUUCCUCGUCCCCAGAAAUCGGUCGCAUGCUUACCGAGCAAUAUAGCGCUCAAGAGGCUGAAUGGCACGGAGUUCAUUGCUAUGCAGCGCGAGACACAGUCUCUGGCACUGACGACGAGGACGAAUACGAAAAGGAACAAGGGCGAUGCGGUCGGUGUGCAGCAUAAGUUGAUGCAGUUGGCUGCAGAGGAGAGGGCGAGGGUUGUGGUGGAUGGAGUCGGUCAGGGAGCGGAAGUGCCAGCGAAGAAAAGGAAGAAGAAAGCCAAGGAGGUCAGUUGGGAUAGCACGAUUGCGAGGUAUGAAGGGGGCGAGGCGGUCGUCAAUGCGGAUGGGGAGGAAGGGGAGCAAGAAGACGAAAAUGAGACGCCCGUCGAAGCAGAAAGGGACGGGAAAGAGAACGAGGAUGGACAAGAGGGAAAGAAUGAGAACAAGAACGGUGAAGUGCCCAAGGAGCUUGAGAAGAAUCAAGUCAGGAAAGUCAGGAGGUUGAGGAAGUUGAAUGUCGGAAAUGUCAAUGGGACGCCGGCGCCGAAAAGGCGAAUCAGUCUGGGUAUCCCCGUGCCUGUUGGCUCGAGUUCGAGUUCGAGUUCGAGUUCGAGUUCGAGUUCGAGUUCGAGUUCGACGGUUGAGAAGCGAGAGGACAAGGAGGAUGUCGAUGCGUCGGAGGGAGGGAGGCAGAGCUCUGGGGCCGAGAAGAGGAUGCAAACCAGAACGCGGACGAGCACGAGGAAACCUUGA